AAAAAAUUCCUGCAAGAUAUAGCGGAUGUGGAAUUAGGUCUUUAAGUUUCCAGGAUAAUAUAAUUACAAUUGGUACAGGUGUUGGUGUUAUAAUGUUCUAUGAUAUACGGGCUGCAAAGUAUUUGGAAUCUAGUAUUAACUCCAGUAGAGCAGUUGUGUUAAAAACAAGUAGAGGUUAUGUUUAUCCUGAUGAAGAUUUCAUGGUGGAUCAAGGAUUUCAACAAGUCGAAUAUACACCGGCAAUUUAUACACAUUGCUACGAUUAUUCAGGAACCAGAUUAUUUUCUGCUGGUGGACCGUUACCAGCUAAUUUAUGUGGAAAUUAUGCAGGCUUAUGGCAAUAAUAUUAUUGCAAUUUAUUGUUUAAAUAUCAUUUGUGGUAUUCUCUUACUACAUAAAAUAUUUCUUCAAACAAUAGAUAAAAUAUUUUGGUAUUUUGUGAAUGGCAUUCCUCGAGUCAUUAAAAAAAAAGUACAAAAUAUUGAACAGUAUUAUUGUACAAGCAAGUUAAUUGUGCUAUGUAAUAAUCAAUAUUUUAUCUAAUUGGUUUUCAGAUUUGAACUUGAAAUACUGAGCUUAUAUAAAGUAUUUCAUGUUCUAGGAGUAAGAACUAAGACUAUACUUGGCUGGAAUGAGUGUUUUUAUCUAAUAAUUUUAUUGAAAUAAACAUCUUCAAUUUUAAAAUUAAUGUAAAAAUAAUUAAAUAAAGUUUCAAUGUGUAGCAAUUGAAUACUAUAGUUUAAGAAACAUUCAUUCGUCUUGUAUUAAAAUAAUCAACUACUAUAUUUCUUUUUUUUUCAUUUGGUUUGGUUUUUAAUAAUAUUUCAAAUUAUAAUUAACAAUUUUAGAAAUAGAAAACAAUAUUCAUUAUUAAAAUAUUAAUAUAUUCCUUGAUACAUCAAAUAAAAUUUGUAGAGAUGGUUUAUUUAUUUAAAAAAUAUAAAUAUAAUGUUUUAUUUUUU